UUGGAUCCAACAAGGUCAGUGAUUGUGAUUCGCUCCCUGGUAGCAGAUAGUGUAGCAGAAAGAAGUGGGGAACUUUUACCUGGAGACCGCCUGGUCUCAGUCAAUGAGUACUCUCUGGACAAUUCCACACUUGCUGAGGCUGUGGAAAUUUUGAAGGCUGUGCCCCCAGGCACCGUGCACCUUGGCAUCUGUAAACCUUUGGUGGAAGAUGAAAAAGAAGAAGGUUAUAUUUUACAUUCAAACAACAAUGAAGACAAUACUGAACUUUCAGGAACAAUUAAUGAUAUAAAUUCAUCUUUAAUACUAGAGGCACCCAAGGGAUUUAGAGAUGAACCAUAUUUUAAAGAACAUGUGGAUGAACCAUUUCUAGAUCUGGGGAAGUCUAUCCAAUUCCAACAAAAAGAAAUAGAUACCAGCAAGGAGGCCUGGGAAAUGCAUGAGUUCUUUAAUCCUCAACUGGAGGAAAUGGCUGAAGAGAGAGAAAUGCUUGUUGAUGAGGAAUGCGAGCUCUAUGGAGAUCACCUUCAGUCCCUGGAGCCAUACCCCUCGCACAUUCAGGAGAUGACCUCUGUGCCCCCAAGCCAGGAGAUCCAUUUUGGCACACAGUGGUGGCAUGAUAACCUCUCAGAAGGUGAAGCCCCUGAGUCUCCUGAGGCCGGGUCUAUGAGCGGUGUCUAUACCCAGGAGAUGCCACAGUAUGACUAUAGCACCGAAAGCAUGAUGAAAGAAAUGUUUGGCCUUGAUUCCCGACCACACGUAACAUCUGCUGAAGGAAAUGGUCACCAUGGCAGACUUGGUGAUAUGGAGGGUCUUCAUUCACUAGCGCACAGCAGCCUGGACUUAGGCAUAAUGAUUCCAACUGAUGUUCAAGGUCCCGGCAUGCUUGUUGAUCUUCCUGCUGUGGCCCAAAGAAAGGAGCAAGAUUUGCCUCUCUACCAACUCCCCAGGACCCGAGUUGUUUCAGAGCCUUCAGCCUACAUGGGAAUGGUGUCUUCUAGAUAUGCCACUACUGCAUGUGAGUUACCAGAGAGAGAAGAGGGUGAAGGAGAAGAAACGCCGAACUUCAGUCACUGGGGUCCACCAAGAAUUGUUGAGAUCUUUAGAGAACCCAGCGUGUCUCUUGGCAUCAGUAUUGUUGGUGGACAAACGGUCAUAAAACGUCUGAAGAAUGGGGAGGAGCUUAAAGGCAUAUUUAUCAAACAAGUUUUAGAAGACAGUCCUGCAGGAAAAACCAAUGCACUUAAAACUGGAGAUAAAAUACUUGAGGUGUCAGGCAUAGACCUGCAGAAUGCCUCGCAUGCAGAGGCCGUUGAAGCCAUCAAGAAUGCAGGAAAUCCUGUGGUGUUCGUGGUCCAGAGCUUGUCAUCCACUCCAAGGGUCAUCCCAAAUGUGCAUAACAAGGGCAAAAAAACUGCCAGUAACCAGGACCAGGACAUUCCAGAAAGAAAAGAAAAGAGGCAUGGAACGGCUCCACCUCCGAUGAAGCUGCCUCCUCCUUACAAAGCUCCUUCUGUGGACAGUGAUGAAAGUGAAGAAGAAUAUGCCCUGACUGACAAGAAAAUCAGGCAAAGAUAUGCAGACCUGCCCGGAGAAUUGCACAUUAUCGAACUGGAAAAGGAUAAGAAUGGACUGGGGCUCAGUCUUGCUGGCAAUAAAGACAGGUCACGGAUGAGCAUAUUUGUGGUGGGAAUUAACCCAGAAGGACCUGCAGCCACAGAUGGACGGAUGCGUAUUGGAGAUGAACUGUUAGAGAUAAACAAUCAGAUCCUGUAUGGAAGAAGUCAUCAAAAUGCAUCUGCCAUUAUCAAGACUGCCCCAACCAAGGUCAAACUGGUUUUCAUCAGAAAUGAAGACGCAGUCAACCAAAUGGCCGUUACUCCUUUCCCGUUACCAUCAAACUCCCCAUCAUCUGUUGAGGAUCUGGGUGGCACCGAAUCUGCCAGUGGCGAGGAAGAUGGCAGUGUGGAAGAGAAGCAGCCUGAAGAUGAAAGCUCCAGAGAGGAGGACCUGUCCCAGGUGGUUGAUUACAGCAUGGUGACAGAACAGCAGAAGGCACUGGAGUCACCUGACAGUGUUGUAAGCCAGAUGAAACAGCAAAAAUACUCGACAAAAGCCUCCAUCAGUGCACAAGAAAUCCCAUUAGCGCCAACUCCAUUGUACCAGUCAAGUGAUGCAGACUUCACAGGCUAUGGUGACUUCCAGGCACCUCUCUCAGUGGACCCUGCAACAUGUCCCAUUGUCCCUGGCCAGGAAAUGAUCAUAGAAAUAUCCAAGGGGCGUUCAGGGCUUGGUCUCAGCAUUGUAGGAGGAAAAGACACACCCUUGGAUGCUAUAGUUAUCCACGAAGUCUAUGAAGAAGGAGCAGCAGCCAGAGAUGGAAGACUGUGGGCUGGAGACCAGAUAUUGGAGGUUAACGGGGUUGACCUGAGGAGCUCCAGCCACGAAGAAGCCAUCACAGCCCUGAGGCAGACCCCCCAGAAAGUACGGUUGGUGGUAUACAGAGACGAGGCACAUUACAGGGAUGAGGAGAACCUGGAGAUUUUCCCUGUGGAUCUACAGAAGAAGACUGGCCGAGGACUGGGCCUGAGCAUCGUUGGAAAACGGAGCGGAAGCGGAGUGUUUAUUUCUGACAUUGUGAAAGGUGGAGCUGCAGACCUGGAUGGGAGGUUGAUUCAGGGAGACCAGAUCUUGUCUGUGAAUGGAGAGGACAUGAGACAUGCCUCACAGGAAACAGUGGCCACCAUCCUCAAGUGUGCCCAAGGGCUUGUGCAGCUAGAGAUUGGGAGAUUCCGCGCCGGUUCCUGGGCCUCCUCGAGGAAGACCUCACAAAACAGCCAGGUGGAUCGGCACAGUGCACACAGCACCUGCCGGCCUUCUUUGGCCCCUGUCAUCACUAGCCUGCAAAACCUGGUUGGCACGAAAAGAGCUUCUGAUCCUCCCCAGCAGAGUCCAGGCACAGAGGUGGGACCAAGGACUGUUGAGAUAAUCAGAGAGCUCAGCGAUGCCCUUGGAAUCAGUAUCGCUGGAGGAAAAGGAAGCCCCUUAGGCGAUAUCCCCAUAUUUAUUGCCAUGAUUCAGGCCAACGGAAUGGCUGCACGUACACAGAAGCUUAAGGUUGGAGAUCGGAUUGUGAGCAUUAAUGGACAACCUCUGGAUGGACUGGCUCACGCAGAUGUGGUUAAUCUGCUGAAGAAUGCCUACGGGCGCAUUAUCCUGCAGGUUGUGGCAGAUACCAAUAUAAGCGCCAUAGCAACUCAGCUUGAAAACCUGUCCACAGGUUCCCACCUUGGCUCACCCACUGCGGACCACCAUCCAGAAGACACGGAAACACCUCCACCUAAGAUUAUUACUUUGGAGAAAGGCUCUGCAGGAUUGGGGUUUAGUGUUGUAGGGGGUUAUGGAAGUCCCCAUGGAGACCUGCCAAUUUAUGUCAAGACUAUAUUUGCAAAGGGAGCAGCUGCAGAGGACGGCCAAUUAAAGCGAGGUGACCAGAUCUUAGCUGUGAAUGGCGAGUCCUUAGAAGGUGUCACUCAUGAGCAAGCUGUCGCCAUUCUUAAGCAACAGAGAGGGACUGUGACCCUAACUGUGCUGCCUUGAGCCAGGUCCAGAUCCUGACAUAGAGUUUGUUAGAAUAUCCACAGGAAGAGGAAGUUCCCAAUUAGGAUGAAAUGUCACCUCAACUGAAACCCAGCGUCAAGGCUCACUGCCUCAGCCUGCUGCUGUGUGCAGAGGGCCAGGGUUUUAGGAGGAUUUUCCAAGCCAACAGUGAUCUGUCCUUGUAAUCAGUACCCAGCUUCUGUCUCUUGAUGAGGUGUAAUUUCUAAAGGCUGAAUUGGCUCACCUGUUCUGCACUUGCCAAUGAUAUCUCCCCACUAGUAGUAACUGGCUCUGAUUCUGUUUGCCACAACAUUCUUGAGUUGUCAUCCUGCCUGUCCCUUACACACCCUAUUGUUCACACAGAGGCUUAGCCACAAGCUCUGGUUU